AAAAGAAAAAAGAAAAAGAAAAAAAAGUGAUAUUUAUAUACACACUGCCUCCCUUUCCUUUAAACCCUAGACCCUAAUUCUUUCUCUUCCUCCUCCUCCACCACAAGCGGCUGCAACUCUUCUGAGGUAAAGCGGCUUCUAGGAGUAAUUUCGAGAAAAUGUUAGUUCUUUUCGAAACCCCAGCGGGUUUUGCCCUUUUCAAAGUGUUGGAUGAAGGAAAGCUUUCCAAAGUCGAUGAUCUGUGGAAGGAGUUUUCGUCUGCAGAUACAGCUAGACAGAUUGUAAAGCUAAAAGCUUUUUCCAAGUUUGAGAACACAUCAGAAGCGCUAUCGGCAGCUACUCUGUUGCUCGACAGCAAGCCCAGCAAAGGUUUACGCAAGUUCUUGCGCGCGCAUUGUGACGGUGAGUCGUUGGCGGUUGCGGAUUCGAAACUUGGAAAUGCUAUCAAGGAGAAGUUGCAAAUCGACUGUGUUCAUAACCAAACCGUUAUGGAACUUAUGAGGGGCGUAAGAAGUCAACUGACCGAACUCAUAACCGGUUUAGGUGCCCAAGAUUUAGCUCCGAUGAGCUUGGGUUUGUCUCAUAGUUUGUCAAGAUACAAGCUUAAGUUCAGCCCAGAUAAGGUGGAUACAAUGAUCAUUCAAGCUAUUGGCUUGUUAGACGAUCUCGAUAAAGAGCUUAACACUUACGCUAUGAGGGUUCGCGAGUGGUACGGUUGGCAUUUUCCCGAGCUUGCUAAGAUCGUACAAGACAAUAUUCUUUACGCCAAGGCAGUGAAGCUCAUGGGUUACCGCACAAACGCUGCAAAACUUGAUUUCUCCGAGAUAUUGUCGGAAGAGAUUGAAGCGGAGUUAAAAGAGGCUGCUGUAGUUUCUAUGGGAACCGAAGUCAGCGAACUUGAUUUGAUUAAUAUUAAGGAUCUGUGUGAUCAAGUGUUAUCUCUUUCGGAAUACCGUGCACAAUUGUACGAUUAUUUAAAAAGCAGGAUGAAUACGAUAGCUCCAAAUCUGACCGCUAUUGUCGGAGAACUUGUCGGUGCUCGUCUUAUUGCUCACGGAGGUAGUUUGUUGAAUCUCGCAAAACAGCCCGGGAGUACAGUUCAGAUUCUCGGUGCCGAAAAGGCUCUUUUUAGGGCUUUAAAGACAAAACACGCAACCCCUAAAUACGGGCUUAUUUAUCAUGCGAGUUUAAUCGGUCAAGCGGCACCGAAACAUAAGGGGAAAAUUUCACGUUCUCUUGCGGCUAAAACAGCGUUGGCUAUUCGAUGUGAUGCUCUUGGUGAUAACCAAGAUAAUUCUAUGGGGAUAGAGAAUCGUCUCAAGCUUGAAGCGAGAUUAAGAAGUCUUGAAGGUCGGGAACUUGGACGUUCUGCGGGAACGACUAAAGGCAAGCCGAAGAUUGAAGCAUACAACAAGGAUUUCAAGAAAGGAGACGGAGCAAUGAUCACCCCUGCAAAGACUUACAAUGCAGCGGCAGAUUCGGUUCUCGGGCGGAUGGAAGCAGAGGCUGAGAAAGACACAGAGAUAGCGGCACCACCAUCCGACGAGGUGAAAAAAGAUAAAAAGAAAAAGAAGAAGAAAGCCGUUGCCGAAGAAGAAGAAACCGCUGCGGCAGAAGAAGACGUCGGUAAGAAGAAAGACAAGAAGAAAAGGAAACAUGCAACCGAAGAAGCUGUCGAGGAGGAGAAUGUCGAGAAGAAGAAAAAGAAGAGAAAGCAUGCGGAAGCUGACGAUGAAGAAGAGGAAGAUGAAAAACCGAGUAAGAAGAAGAAAGAUAAGAAAAAGAAGAAAUCGGAAGAGUGAGAGAGAAUGUAUGGUUUAAAUUUGAAAUACAAGUGUUUGAAAAUUUUGGGUAUGUUGAAGAAAGACUUGAUGUUAUUGUAGGUGGGUUGAAUUUAGGAUUUCUGAAUGUGUUAAGUGGCAACAGAUGGACACUUUUUUUUGAAUCUGUUGGUGGUUGUAGGAAAUGCUUUUGUUUAUUUACUUGAUGUUGGUUUUUGUUUUUAA